UUUACACAUUGUGGCUUACUUUCAGUUGCAUUAGAAUAUGGAUGAACUAGAGAACAAGACGUGCAGGCAGAAAUGUUACUGGUGGUUGAAACAGAACUUGUUAGUGAUACUGACUCUGGUCGCAUGCGGUGUUGGCUUCCUGAUUGGUCUCCUGGUUGAGCCAGCGGAUCCGUCGCCUAGUGCCAUCAUGUGGAUAGGUAUGCCAGGAGAACUUUACAUACGGAUGCUAAAAAUGACGAUUGUACCUCUGGUUGUUUGUAGUGUAAUCGCAGGUACGGCAAAAAUGGACCCAAGAACAAAUGGUAAAGUAAGUGGCUCAUCUAUGGCGUUUAUAAUGUUGACAAACUUCCUGACACCACUAAUUGCUGCCGCCCUUAGCUACAUUAUUAAACCAGGCGAAGGUGUGGAAACAGAUGUAGACCCAGAUAAAGAAAUAGAAAAUGUCAUGCAGACCGAAGAUAUCUUUGCUGAUCUUCUAAGGAAUAUUGUACCAGAUAACCUAAUAGCGUCGUGCUUUCAGCAGGCCCAGACCAAGUAUGACUAUAAGGAGAAAACUGUUGUUACUAGCAACGGAACUCAUAAUAGUACAGAAACUGUUAAAGAACUGAAAAGGAAAUACGUAGGUUCAGCAGGGUCUACAAACGUACUGGGUCUGAUUAUAGUCAGCGUUGUAUUUGGUGUUGGUGGCGCCGCUAUGAAAGAGGACGGGAAACCAUUUCUUAAUUUCUUCAAAUCUGCUACAGACAUUAUAUUAAAAGUCCUUCGUGUCCUUAUUUGGUCAACUCCAAUCGGCGUGGCAAGCUUAAUCGCAAAAACCAUUCUUACAACAAAAGAUGUAGAGGAAACAUUUCGUAAGCUAGGGAUGUACGCCCUCACGGUAGAAGUAGGUCUUGUAUUCUGGGGGUUUAUUGUCAUACCGCUAGUGUUCCUGGUCGUAAGACGCGCCAAUCCGUUUAGAUUCUAUGGAACGAUCAUCCCGUCAAUAAUGAUCGUCAUAGUGACGGCAAGCACGAUGAUAGCUCUCCCCGAGAGUUUUCACAGUUUGGAAACGAAGAACAACUGCGAUCCCCGGAUUUCCCGUUUGGUGGCGCCACUAUCAGCAACUAUUGGACGCGCCGGAAGUGUGCUUUACAUCACGUGCUCAUGUUUCUUUAUUAUACAAACUCUGGGGCGAGAUGUCAAUGCCGCGGAUAUCAUUCUAGUGGUAUUGCUGGCAUGGAUAUCUGCAUUGGCGAUACCGUCGGUAGCAGGUGCGAGUCUUGUAACUGUACUUAUAUUACUGACUGCGCUGAACAUACCAGGAGAGGCCGCAGCUAUGCUGUUUGCUUUGGAAUUCUUUCUGGAUAGGUCUAGAAGUGUUGUCAACUUACUGACCCAGCUCACUGGGGUAAUGGUCGUGGAUAAAUUCUGUGCGGCUUCUCUUCCUAAACUCACGCCAGACUCGAGCGAGAAAGAAAAGCUGGCAUAUCCGAACAUUGGAACGAUGGAAGCAAAUGUUAAUCAUGGCUUUGAGAAAGACACCAAAGAUUUUCAGUUUUAUGAUAUCGGCACAAGAAUGUAAAUGCUAGUGCGGUCAUUAAAUGACGAAUUAAGCAUACAUGUAGUGGUAAACAUAUAUCUUUUUAUAA